CAGACACCGGUGGCUGGCAACGUGAGUGUGAGCACAGUGAAGCUGACGCCUGAGCCCGGAGACCAUGGGGUGCCGCUCGUGUGUAAAGCCUUCAGCCCCAACCUGCCCGGCUCCGUCCUCCACGACCAGAUCACCCUCGCUGUACACUUCGUGCCGGUGGCAACCAUCAGCAUCAGCGGCGGAGGCGGUGGCGAGGCUGGGGUACGUGAGGGAGGCUCCGUCACCUUCACCUGUCACCUCAAGGCCAAUCCCAGGGUCUAUAACGUUACCUGGUUCCAUAAUGGUCGGCCAUUGCGACGACUUCAGUGGGGAGCGCAGGUGAGCAACACGACGCUUCGGCUACGUAACGUGACGGCGUCCAUGAGGGGUUUGUACACCUGUGUGGGCAGCAACCUGGAGGGUGACGGCCAGAGCAACGCCGUCAACCUCAACGUUGAAUUCGCGCCGGUGUGUGACGAGAGCCAGCGAGAUGAAUACGUAGCUCCCCACGGUGGCUCCGCCACCAUAGCCUGCAGUAUCAUCGCCUACCCUGCCUCUGUCACCUUCACCUGGGCGCUCAAGAGGACGCCAGAGAGCCCGGCUGUGAGGUUGCAUAGUGUGGGCCGGGAGGAGGGGUUGACGGGGCACUACACACUAAGUCGAUUGGAGGAAGAGAGUGUAGAGGUGCUGUGUUGGGCCAAGAACUCCGUUGGUACACAAGCCUACCCCUGCAAGUUCACUGUUUAUACCCAGGGUCGUCCAGGUCCAGUUAGCAGCUGCAAGGUUGGGAACCACACAGCCUCUGGGUUCAUGGUCCGCUGCGUAUCUGGCCCCCUUAGGAGCAUGAACACGGAAUACACCUUGCUGGUCUAUGCUCAGAAGCAUGAGAGUAGCCGUGGCGGUACCGGGGAGAGAGGAGGAAGUAGCAGUACCAGUGGUAGCGGCGUCAGCACUAGUAGUAGCGGCAGCGGCAGUGACAGCAGCAGUAGAGGAGGCCAGCAGAAAAAGGAGGAGGAAGAAGCAGUUCAUACUCUAGGGCAGCUGGUCCGCAAUCUUACCACCACCUCCCCGUUCUUCGUCGUGGGAGGCCUACAAGCGGGGCAGGAGUUCGCCCUUGUGGUGCAGGUGUCUAACGAGGAGGGGGUCAGCCCACCCUACGUAAUCAGUGCCUUCACUCUCAAAGAUAAUGCCCAGACUGUCAUAGGGAUGCCGACAGGGGGCGGUGGCCGUACAAAUACUGGCACUAGUGGCACCAGCGGCAGUGGCGGCACCUCCUCGAGCGGUGGCAGCGGCGGCAGUGGUGGCAGCAAUAUCGGCGGCAGUGGCUUGGGCGGCACGGGUGAUGGGGGCGGCGGGAUUGUGGGCGGCGGGGAGGGUAUUAGUGGCUCGAGCAGGUUCCUGGAGCUGGUGCCGCCCAUGAUCAUCGUGCUGGUGGCCUCCCUGUCUUGUAUCCUCAUCAUGGCGCUUCUUGUCAUACUCCUGCUGAAGAGACGAGGCAGAUCACGCCGUAUGGAGCGAGAGAUGGAGCAGGUGAAGCUGAGCGAGGAGAUGGUGUUUGUACAUAGCAGAAACCCCGACAGCACCUCUCGUGACACCCCAGGUUCAAGCAGAAAAGGUGCCGACACGACGGAGACGCCAGGCAGCAGUACGGGCACCAUCGGUGGUGGUGGUGGAGGCGGGAGCGGUAGUGAGGCGGCAGGAGGUAGUGGUGUUGGUGGCGGUGGAGGUGGCAUCAGCGGCGGCGGUGGCAUCAGCGGCGGCGGUGGCAUCAUUAGCAGUGGUGGCGGAGGCGUCAUGAUGGGCGGCGUCGGGCGUGUGGUGGGCGUCGGUGGUGUGGUAGGGAUGGUGAGUGCCGUGGAUGAUGGUUCCUUCGGCUCCUGUAAUGGCGACCUCCUUACCACCACCUCCAGAGAUUCCCUCCUGGGUACACGAAGUAAACCGGGGGAGAUGCUGGAGAGUUUCCGAGGCGGUAGCACGACGCUGCCCAUCCUAGGGGUACAACAGCUGGGUGAGGACCCCGGCAGACACAUCGUGCUAGAAGGACUGCGUCCGCUGGGCUCCACACUCAGCACGUCCUGUUCCAGUUUCCGCACCGGCGUCCCCGUUGGUGGCGUGGGAGGCAUGGGUGGUGUAACUAACCUAGGAGCGAUGGGCAUGGGUGGCAUGGGAGGUAUGGGUGGCGUGCCCAGCAUGAUGAGUACAACUGGACUCAUCAACACGCCUUCCACCUCCUCCUCCCAUCUUCUGCAUGUGACUCUUGUCCCUGAAAACGUCGGAAAGGACAGAGCGCAGACACCUGGACCUCGGAGUAACGAAGGUGUGAGUGUGUUGUGAGGGCCGGCCUACACUAUAGGGACCAGUGGGUGCUGAAGCCUCCGCCUGGACCACGCAUCGCGCUAUCCAGUGGUUGUUAUAGUUUGGCCUGUACCACACAGACCUGUUACUACAAAAGGCAAUUAUAAACCACUGGGACAUUGGUUGCUUAAGACCUGUCCUGACCACCGGGUUCGAUUGCUGCAAUCCUGUGUGGAACACCGCGACUAGUGACUGGUGAAGACCAUUGUGGCCCACUGGGGGCAACAGUCGCUGAAGACCAGUGCUGUCUGCAAAAGACCAGUGGCUGCUGAAACUGAAGGCCAUUAUGGACCACAAGGACCGCUAACUGUUUAUUGGUGUGAGAGUUUAUAAAUUGUUGCUGAAUAUAUAUUGUAUCCGACAACUUGGUCUUGGCCACAAAGGUCAGUAAUUGCCGAAGGACAACUUGGACCAAUAGGAACUAGUAGGUCCUGAUGGCUCAUCUUGACCAAAGGGACCAACAACUGCUGAGGAACUUGCUGAAUCAGGGGAACUAGGAGAUGCUGGAGGAGCGGCUGGACGAAAAGCUUCAAUAACUGGCCUGGACUAGAGGGUCAAUUGAUACUGAACGUGGCCACCAGGACCAGUUACUGUUGAAGAACCUCCUGGACCAGAGGGAUACGUAACUGUAAGGGAGGACUGCUUUGCAUAACUGGAACCAGUCUUUACUGACGACAGAAUUAGAGCACAAUGGAUAAAACCCUCCUGUAAUUUUUUUUUAUAUAUGGAAAUUUGAUGGCGCACGUUUAAGACGGGUCCCGAAACUGUACACCUAUCCUGCUGGUCACUCGAUCAUGAGGAAACGGGACCUAUAGUGGGUUAAGGGUAACAAUGUUGGACUUCCUUGGUAUACAAUGUACCAUAUAAAAGUCUUCUGUAUUCUCUUGAGAUAAAAGACAAUGAACUUGGCUUUAUUUGCAUAUUUUACAUAUA